UCAGCCUGCGUUCUGACCUCGCUAUCCUAAACAAAGAUGGCGGCGUGUGUGUUACGGAGCUGGGGGAUUCUGUCUACUCUUACCAGCUUUAGUAGGAAACAGACACUGCGGCUACUCGGUGUGGAGCUCCACAGCAGACACGAAGUGAACCGACGACGCCUGCAGUGUUCCACAUGCGGGCUCCUGAAUGUGCAACAAAAACGGUUCAUGUCGUCCAGAAGGGCAGAAGGGAAGGUGCUCGAGACGGUGGGUGUAUUUGAAGCACCAAAGCAGCAUGGCAAAUAUGAAACAGGGCAGUUGUUCCUACACAGUGUGUUUGGCUACAGAGGCAUCGUCCUGUUCCCCUGGCAUGCUCGACUUUAUGACCGCGACGUCACCCCUCCAGCAUCUGACAGUAAACCAGAGACUCCCGGAGCACAUGGGUCAAAGGAGGUGAAGGGAAAAACACACACAUAUUAUCAAGUCCUUAUUGACACCAGAGACUGUCCACACAUAUCGCAGAGAUCACAGACAGAGGCAGUGACAUUUUUAGCCAAUCAUGAUGACAGCAGAGCUCUGUAUGCUAUCCCAGGUCUGGACUACGUGAGCCAUGAGGAUAUUUUGCCAUAUAAUUCUACAGACCAGGUGCCCAUUCAGCAUGAGCUGUUUGAGAGGUUUCUCAUGUUCAACCCAUCUAAAGUGCCUUCAUUUAUAGCGAGAGACACACUGCGUGCAUGGCAAGAGAAGAACCAUCCAUGGCUGGAGUUGUCCGAUGUCCACAGGGAAACUACAGAGAAUAUCAGAGUGACUGUCAUCCCCUUUUACAUGGGCAUGAGGGAAGCACAGAAUUCCCAUGUGUACUGGUGGCGCUACUGCAUCCGUCUCGAGAACAUGGGUAAUGAGGUGGUGCAGCUGAGAGAACGACACUGGAGGAUCUUCAGCCUUUCAGGAACACUGGAGACAGUCAGAGGCAGAGGGGUGGUGGGCCGGGAGCCUGUAUUGUCCAAAGAGCAGCCAGCGUUCCAGUACAGCAGUCACGUCUCAUUACAAGCCCCCAGCGGACACAUGUGGGGCUCCUACCGGUUUGAGAGGCCCAACGCCACAUUCUUCGAUGUGCGCAUCCCUCCCUUCUCUCUCGAAAGCAAGAAGGAUGAUAUCCCCAACAGCUUCCUGCCCGGCCCCUUCACCUCACUGGCUUAAGAGCUCAGAGCCUUGCCCUGCUGUGCUCGUCCAAAAACCCUGCCAAGCCCAGCCUGUAUUCCUGUCUUACAUCUUCAACAACGUGUCCCUGACCUAUUAAUUAGCUGUUUCAGCCCAAUUUUUCUCCAUGUGCAUUAAUUCAUGCAGCAACUAAUAUAAUAAUAAAAUAAUUUGUAUAAUAUAAAAUACUGUCAUUUGGAUUCAAGCACAAGACAAGCUCUUAACAGGAACAAGUAACCUAUAUGGACAAAAGUUUGUGGAUACCUGACCUUAAGAUUUGGGUUUUUUUUGUAUUAUUAUUAUUUAUUUUUUUAAAUGCCUAUUCUACAUUUAGUCGUAAUUACGUUGUGGAGACUUUUAUACAGCAACAAGGGUGUUGAAGUCAGGUACUGGUGCAUGGCGAGGAGGCCUGGGGUGCAGUCAGUGUUCCAAAUCACCGGUUUGGGUUUCCUUUUUUCAAGUUUAGGGAAAAAAGAUGGCUAUCGCAUCCAAAAAGUCCUCUACAAUUAUGUGCCAGUUUAGGGAAGCACCACAUAUGGCUGGGAAAAAUCAGGUGUCCCAAUACUUUUGUCCUUUUAAAGAGUGAAUACUAGACUAAAGAUAUUUAAAAUGUCUAUUGUUCUAUUUGCGCAGUUGAGGUUGAACCAAGCAAAAUGGGAAGGAUAAAGUUUUGAAAACAACCAUAAGCAAGUUCUCUUGUUUAUUCAGCAUGUUGCUUUUGGAAUUGGAAAUUUUCUAUAAGCAAACGUAUUAAUGGCUUUAAGUUGGACCUGUGAUCAGCUUGUAAUCUACUUUAUGGAUUUAUUAGAUCUCGGCUUAUGUUCCAAAUUGUUACUAAUGACUACAAAAGCAUUUCGCACUAAAGGCACCCCAUUAGGAGUAGUAAAGUUUUUAAACCCCAGACUGCACUUUCAGUUUUAAUCACUCUCUCUCUCCUCUAUCUCUUCCCCGGACUUGACUUAACAACCUCUCUGCACUUUGCAGCCGAUGCAUGUGUUCUAAUGAGCUUUUAUAGGCUGAUUGCUAAACUCUAAAGUCCAGAAACGACCCACAACAGCACUUAGAAACAUUUCAAACCUUUUUAAUAGGAGUUUGUGUUUUUCCUCAGUAUAAUUAAGCAAAGCAAAUGCAAGUCCAUUUAUAAAACUAGCAAGUUCUUGCAAGUCUAAUAUAUGAAUUACUUUUUCUUUGUCUUCUGAUUUUCUUAUCUGUCUAGGAUAAUUUAUUCAUGUAUUCGGUGUCCUGCUGUGAAACUAUUUUGUAGUUACAUUUGUGUUGUAUUUGUUGAGGAAACUGAUUUAAUCAUAUCCAUGAUUGAAUGAACUAUGAUUUCGUUAAUGACCCUAUGAAUCAUUGAACAUACUCAGGGGGAAAAGUGAUUUUAUUAUGUAUCUGUGACUAAAAUAAAAUCUGUAUUCUCCAGGUU